GUAACGUGUGUUUUAACCAGCCUUCCCGGUAACGCUUGUUAGCUAACCAGGCUAAGCAGCACUAGCUUGUGUUUUUCGGAUGCGGCACACUCAGCGGUGUUAGCUCAACGGCUCCUAGCUCCCCGUAGACUCAGUUACAUGGCAUUUUGGCUAGCUCGUAUUGCUAACCUGAGUAGAAGACAGAGUGAGCAAAAUGUAAGCUGUGAGGCUGUCUGCUAUGGAAAAGGGAGCCCAGCAAUGAAUAAGCUACGGCAGAGCUUCCGCCGGAAGAAAGACGUCUACGUCCCGGAGUCGAGUCGGCCGCACCAGUGGCAGACGGACGAGGAGGCAGUCCGCAGCGGAAAAUGUAGCUUUGCAGUCAAGUACCUGGGACAUGUGGAGGUGGAGGAGUCCCGAGGCAUGCACAUCUGCGAGGAUGCAGUGAAGCGGCUGAAAACGGACAGGAAAUUCUUCAAAGGAUUCUUUGCAAAAGCUGGGAAGAAGCCAGUGCGGGCUGUGUUGUGGGUGUCGGCAGAUGGUCUUCGUGUCGUAGACGAUAAAACAAAGGACCUGAUUCUGGACCAGACAAUAGAGAAGGUGUCGUUCUGCGCUCCGGACCGUAACUUUGAGAGGGCAUUUUCUUAUAUCUGCAGGGACGGCACCACGCGGCGCUGGAUCUGCCACUGUUUUAUGGCCAUUAAAGACUCAGGAGAGCGUCUCAGUCAUGCUGUGGGUUGUGCAUUUGCCGCCUGCCUGGAGCGAAAACAGAAACGGGAAAAGGAGUGUGGGGUCACGGCAACCUUUGAUGCCAACAGAACCACUUUCACCCGCGAGGGCUCAUUUCGUGUUACCACGGCAACAGAGGCGGCGGAGCGGGAGGAAGUCAUGAGGCAGCUACAGGACUCUAAGAAAGCAGAGGCAGAUGUGAACGCCGCUGGGAACUCAGCCACUAGUGUGACAAACUCUUCUGCACACCAGACGGGAGGCUCACCAUCCCCCUCGUCCUCCCCGCCUCCCUCCGUGUCCAACCUGGGUCCCCAGGUGAUACCACGCAGACACGCACCGGCCGACGUCAUCGCCAGACAGGGUUCCUUCAGGGGCUUCCCGGCCCUCAGUCAGAAGACUUCUCCCUUCAAACGACAGCUGUCACUGCGAAUGAACGAGUUGCCCUCCACCAUGCAGCGCAAGUCUGACUUCCCCAUCAAAAACACGGUCCCUGAAGUGGAAGGAGAAGGUGACAGCAUCAGUUCACUGUGCACUCAGAUCACCUCAGCUUUCAGCGGACCCACAGAGGACCCCUUCUCCUCAGCACCAAUGCCCAAACCAGCUUCGUCCCCUCAGUCUCCCGUAGCACCAGUGAAUGGCACAGCUCCUGCCUUCUCUGUUCCUGCUGCUACUGUUAACCCCCCAGUUCUGCCCCCCGCUCUGCCUGCUCGAGACACUAACCCCUGGGCAAAGACCCCAGCAGGGGCCCCGGCCUCAGCACAGCCAGGAAGUAACUGGUCAUCCCCUGCUCCGGUGAUAGUGGUCCCCCCCACAUCCUCCCCAGCCAUGCCCUCCCACAAACGCACACCGUCAGAGGCAGACCGGUGGUUAGAGGAAGUCACCAAAUCUGUCCGAGCCCCGCAGCCUAAUCCAGUCAUGGCAGCCGCCAUCCAACCGCCUCCAACUCAGCCGUUCACUGCCCCUGUGCCAAUGCCUGUGGCAUCUGUUCCCUCUGUUCCCCCGGUGGCCUUCAUGACCUCUCUGCCCUCUGCCGUGCCCAUGUUGCCCCCUCGCCAGCCUGCCUUUCACGCUCAGGCUCCAGCCUCCUACCCGAUGCCGAACGGCCUGCCGUUCCCUCAGCCCAGCGUGCCCGUGGUUGGCAUCACUCCUUCACAGAUGGUGGCUAAUGUGUUCGGCUCAGCCACGCAACCCCAGUCAUACCCUGUCCCGGCCUCCACGACACCCCAACAUGACGUCCAGGGUGUUGGCAACGUCAGCCCAUUCAUCAAACCCCCACAGUCCACCACAGUGAACCCUGCUCCCCUUCAGUCAUCCAAUGGUAGUGUGACCUUCAACGGGGCAGACAGCUGGGCUGCUCCGUCCCAGCUCGCUCCAUCCUCCCCAGCCACCCAGCCGCCCCCUCAGCCACAGGAAGAUGCCUUUGAGGCCCAGUGGGCUGCCCUGGAGAGCCGCUCACGCCAGCGCACCACACCCUCCCCAACAAAUCCCUUCUCCACUGAGCUGCACAAAACCUUUGAGAUCCAGCUCUGAACGCUGUGUUUGGGAGAGGAAAAGACUGCACCAUAAGGAGGGCACUGAGGUUGAGGGAGCAGAUGAUGACUGAGAGGGGAAUGUCCUCCUGUCUCUCUUAUCUCGGUUUCAGUGGACAAGCUCAGCAGGGCCAGAAAGAACUGAGAGACCGUGGAGAGCAACGGGUGAAUCAGCAGGGAGCAGAACUCUGCACGGCAGAGAGGGGAG